AGAAAUCACAGAACAUGAUCAUUCAGCUACUCGGGAGGGAACCCCAUUGAAGCAUCUGAAGAAAGCCCUACUGCCUUUGAUCAAUCGAGGCAGACGUCGUCGUCAUCUUCUUCCUUAUCCUGUCUGCCUGAUGGAGUUGUAGUAUAGGUGUAGGGGUCAAUUGAUGUGGAAAAAAAUAUCUUAUCAUUGAUUGAUGGAUUCGAUGAGAAUGGUGUUACAGCCUCUUUGUUCUUGAAAAGGACAAGAUCAAGCAUGGCGACAAGAUGGGGGGAGCUAUUAUUGAAAACGCCUAUAUUUUAAUCCCCCUCCACUAACCCACCAAAGGCAUAUUCUUCAGCAUAAAAGGGCUCUUCAUUUUCUUGCAGAAAGGCUCCGGCUUGAAUGAUCCCAACCGAGGAAACCUUGCAAGGUUCAUGGGCGUCGAAGGAGCGAUGACUCCCGUGCAUUUGUAUUUCGUCUCCAGAAUCUGCAAAGAUGCUGCUGGGGCAGCUGCAAUAUGUUGCGAUAGAGCCUGAUCAAUGCAGUGUUGCAGGAAAUAUCUUUGCUAUUGGCCUCUUCGUGUCCCCAAUACCUACAUUCAAAAGAAUUGUCAGAAACAAAUCUACGGAACAUUUCUCUGGCUUGCCAUACAUAUAUGCCCUCCUAAAUUGCUUGAUUUGCAUGUGGUAUGGGUCGCCCUUUGUAUCAGACGAUAAUCUCCUGGUUAUGACAGUCAAUUCAGCGGGUGCGGUGUUUCAGUUUGUUUACAUAAUUCUCUUCAUAACAUUUGCUGACAGAGCAAACAAGGUGAGGAUGACAGGAUUUCUCCUAGCAAUUAUUGGUGCUUUUGCAGUCGUAGUUGCUGGAAGUUUGCAAAUACCUGAACCUGCCCUGCGAAGGAUUACUGUGGGGUCAUUGAGUGGUGCUUCGCUCAUAUCAAUGUUUGCUUCUCCGCUUUUUGCAAUUAAUUUGGUGAUCCGUACGAAGAGUGUCGAAUUCAUGCCCUUCUAUCUCUCUCUUUCCACAUUCCUGAUGAGCACGUCUUUCCUUCUUUAUGGAUUGUUUAAUGAUGAUGUCUUCAUUUAUGUUCCAAAUGGGAUUGGAACUGUCCUGGGUAUCACACAAUUGGUAUUGUACUUCUACUUUAAGCGUAGACCUAAAGAUAAGUUGAAGGAACCUUUGGUGGAACCAAUUGCAUGAGCAUUAUCGCUUCAAAAAGGACUUGCGCAGAAGUAGUGUAUAAGGUGGGUCUCAGCGCCCAAGGUAACUGGCUAAUUCACUGCUGGUGAAUUCUGCUAGAGAAUGCAGUGCCGAUCCAGACUGAUGCUGUUAAAUUGUAUUGCCCUGUGGCACGGCUCAACUAUAAUUAGAACUGCGUCCGUAUUGGCAAUGGAAUAUGAAAUAAAUAAAAAGUUGCCAAAGUGACGGAAGAAAAUUAACAGGGCAAUCCCGCCUGGAAAAGAUUCAAUGAAGAAAGAUAGCCCAGCAGCAUUCAAUUAUCUUCCACUGGUCAGAUGAGAAUAGGGCUUCCGUGAGAAGACACUGUGUAGCAUAUCCAUGGAGCUCAUUCAGGCACUUUCUUCUAGAAUUAGAUGUUCUGGAGGAAUAUAAGCCAGUGAAUGACUCAAAAGUGCUUCAGGAAAGUUCUUAUUCUGAUCAAAAUUGUUUCUCUUGAAAUGCUUCAAAUGAAUGAGGUCCAACACCUCCACUCAUUUCGUUA